AUGGACGUAACGUCGCCGCUGCUCAUGAAUGGCGCCGCCGCAUCCGUCGCAGACUCGACCGUUUCCAGCCGCCUACCCGUUAGCGUGAACAAGCCCACGCCUUUCACUUUUGAUCUGGGCAACCUGCUUGCAAACGACCCAAACCCCGUCCCCGCUGGCGCCGACGAAGGAGCUCUCGCCGCCACUGCCCGUGACGCCGCCCAGGCCCUCAUCAACCAGCUCCUCUCUACAUGCGAAAUAAAGUCAAAUUCGGAUGGCGUACAUCUUGUUCUCCCCGCACCGUCAACGCCCCUGCCGCGUGAGAAGCCGAUUCCCGCUGCAAAGGAGCCCACCAAGUGGGAGCGCUUCGCUGCCAAGAAGGGUAUCAAGGACAAGAAACGUGAUGGCAACUUGGUUUACGACGAUGCGACGGGUGAAUGGGUCCCCAAGUGGGGCUACAAGGGCAAGAACAAACAUGGCGAGACCGAGUGGCUGGUCGAGGUUGAUGAGAAGAAGGAAGCUGCGACAGGCGAGGCCCAUGACCAGCGCGCGGAUAGUCGCAAGGAACGCAAGGAGAGGAUUAGGCGCAACGAGAGGAAACAGCGUGCAAACGACGUCAAGUCUCGCAAGACUGCUGUAUGAGAUGAACCACAUGAGCUUUGCUUAAGCUAGGCACUGUCUAGCCAACCCUCGGACCUUAUCAUGUAUGUAUUCACCUUCGUGCGCAUACGCACUUUUAUCAGCCACUCCAUCUCAAUCAGGCCAACAUAGCAGCCGAGUCUUGCAGCAUAGCCUGUCAUGCAUGUCUCCGCUGUCUGGUGUGUUGGACAUUGCACGUGCAGCAUGCAAAGCAAAACCCGCACAACCAAAUCACAUCGGCAAAUGUUGAGAGAUAGGCAAGCUGCAACACACACACAUCAUAUAGCUUCCUGCGAUAUCCUGAUCUGGAAAUUAUAUCGACAUGUCUACUGUUUCUCA